AUGGAUUUCAACGAUAUCUUACAAGAUUUUGAGAAUGAGGUCAAAGUUCCAAAGUUGGAGAGUGAUCAGGAAAGAUCCGACGAUGUUCGAAAACUCACCAAUGCGUGGAUUCAGGAGAGAGCAGUACCAGAACUAUUACCGUAUGAGGGAGAUUUAUUGGACAGGUUAUUGAAUCGAGUGAGAAAACAAUUAGAAUUUAUAGAGGUAAACUCAAUCGAAUUGCCGAAACAUGAAGGAGAGAUCAAAUUACUCCUCGUCAUAGUGGAAAACGAGUUGGAUAGAGUUCAAUUUGUCAUACGAUCGUACGUAAGAACCAGACUCACUAAAAUCGAUGAGUUUGCCAUUUUUCUCCGAUCCAGCGACGAGGAAUUGGCGAAAUUGUCUACUAACGAAACUGUGUACAUGGAGAAGCAUUUGGAAUUAUUGAUGGAUCUUUAUAAUCGGCAAUUUUUAUCGAAUAUGCCCGUGGAACUACAGGCUUUAGAUGAAGUUGCCGCGGGUAUAUCAAUGGUGGACCAGCCCGAUUACGAUAGACCGGUAUUCAUCAAAUGCAGAAGAAAUAAGGAAGUAAUAAUUGAUGAUGAAGAGGUCGAAUUGACUCAAAAUGCUUCAUCCAAGGCUUCUGCAUUUGGUAUUUUCUGUGUUAUAUUCUUCACCUGUUUUGCCUUCAGAGCGUUCAUUUUCUUGGGAGCCUAUUUGGAGCAAAGAGUUUUCCAUAACUACACCAAUUCAGUCAUUAUUGACAAGGAAGAUUGUACUUGUGAUCCUGUCAGUGAUAGUGAUCAAAAGUUCCAGGCCGCUACUAAGGCCCUCGGCGCUCCUAUUGAUAAAAGCUUUGGCCAAAUAAUUAAGGAAAUAUGCUUGCCGGGUAUGAAUGAAGUUUAUAAAGAUGUAAUCAGGCUUCUUGUUGCAUUUGUCGUUUCUAUGCUAGGUUAUGCUUUGAUGCUUGCUGCUAUGAGUUUUUUUAUUUUGUAUUUCUUUGCUGUUUGCCUUGGUUUAGCAUUUGGUGAGGUCUUCUUUAAUAGGCUCGCCAUUGUGCUUGGUGUCAACCGUUCUGUGGGUCCUUGUACCGGUCUUCAUUAG